GAGAAGUUUCCUGUGUGUGUGGAGAGAGGACGCUGGUGCUGGGCUUGUUUUUCGCACAUCGGCUGCUUGUUUUUAUUUUAAAGUUAGCAACAUUGGACACAACACAUUUCAGUGGAGGCGGCGGGAGAGGAGGUGACGGUGACCGGCAGUGAGGUAACUUAAGGAGCUGGAGUCCCACUAAGAAUAGAAGACAGGGCUGCAGAAAGAGACGGGAAAGGCUCCUUGUUCCCUAAUCUAGCCAACUAAAGAUAUAAUUUCUUCUCAAGCUUCUGAAUGGUUCAAGGAAACGAUUUUCAUUUUAUCUAUACAAGUUUUUAUCCAUUACAUAAUGAGUCUCACAGAAGAGAGACCACAUCUGUGUUCUGAGUGUGACAGAAGCUUUACACACAAAUCAAAACUUAUCAUACAUCAGAGGAGUCACACAGGAGAGAAACCUUUUGAAUGUUCUGAAUGUAGCAAGUGUUUUUCCCAGAAGUCAUAUCUUCUCAUACAUCAGAGGAGUCACACAGGAGAGAGACCACAUCUGUGCUCUGAGUGUGACAGAAGCUUUACACAUAAAUCAAAACUUAUCAUACAUCAGAGGAGUCACACAGGAGAGAAACCAUUUGAAUGUUCUGAAUGCAGCAAGUGUUUUUCCCGGAAGUCACUUCUUCUUAUACAUCAGAGGAGUCACACAGAAGAGAAACCAUUUAUUUGUUCUGAAUGCAGCAAGUGUUUCUUCCAGAAGUCACAUCUUGUUAUACAUCAGAGGAGUCACACAGGAGAGAAACCACAUCUGUGCUCUGAGUGUAACAGAAGCUUUACAUAUAAAUCAAAACUUAUCAUACAUCAGAGGAGUCACACAGGAGAGAAACCACAUCUGUGCUCUGAGUGUGACAGUAGCUUUACAUGUAAAUCAUAUCUUCUCACACAUCAGAGGAGUCACACAGGAGAGAAACCUUUUGAAUGUUCUGAAUGCAGCAAGUGUUUUUCCCAGAAGGCACAUCUUGUUACACAUCAGUGGAUUCACACAGGAGAGAAACCUUUUGAAUGUUCUGAAUGCAGCAAGUGUUUUUCCCAUAAGUCGGAGCUUGUUACACAUCAGAGGAGUCACACAGGAGAGAAACCAUUUAAAUGUUCUGAAUGCAGCAAGUGUUUUUCCCAGAAGGCAUAUCUUGUUAUACAUCAGUGGAUUCACACAGGAGAGAAACCUUUUGAAUGUUCUGAAUGCAGCAAGUGUUUUUCCCAUAAGUCAGAGCUUGUUACACAUCAGAGGAGUCACACAGGAGAGAAACCAUUUAAAUGUUCUGAAUGCAGCAAGUGUUUUUCCCAGAAGUCAUAUCUUGUUAUACAUCAGAGGAUUCACACAGGAGAGAAACCAUUUACAUGUUCUAAAUGCAGCAAGUGUUUUUCCCGGAAGUCAAUUCUUAUUGAACAUCGGAGGAGUCACACGGGAGAGAAACCAUUUAUAUGUUCUGAGUGCAGCAAAUGUUUUUCCCAUAAGGCAUCUCUUGUUAUACAUCAGGGGAGUCACACAGGAGAGAAACCAUUUAUAUGUUCUGAGUGCAGCAAAUGUUUUUCCCAUAAGGCAUCUCUUGUUAUACAUCAGGGGAGUCACACAGGAGAGAAACCUUUUGAAUGUUCUGAAUGUAGCAAGUGUUUUUCCCGGAAGUCAUAUCUUGCUCUACAUCAGAGGAGUCACACAGGAGAGAAACCAUUUACAUGUUCUGAAUGCAGCAAGUGUUUUUCCCGGAAGUCAUAUCUUGUUAUACACCAGUGGCGUCACACAGGAGAGAAACCAUUUACAUGUUCUGAAUGUAGCAAGUGUUUUACUAAAAAGAAAACACUCAGUAAUCACAUGCAGAGUCACUCUGAGGGCCUGAAUGCAGCUUGUGUAUCAUAAGUAAUGUAACUUAUCACAACUGUAUGAAUUCAAUGGAACCAAUAUUUAUUUUCUGAAUGUGACAAGUGUUUUAUAUAAAUGACUCUUGAUAAAGACAGGAGAGGUCAGACAAAAAAAAAAAAAAAAGGGGCAGACUAGAUGGGCCAAGUGGUUCUUAUCUGCCGACAAAUUCUAUGUUUCUAUAAGUGGACCUGGAGGUACUUUUUCUCUUGGGAAGGUCUCUGUGUAAGGAACUAGAGCUGCAGUAUAACAAUAGCCAAUGACCGUGGGACUGCCAUUACUGAGCUCUGUAAUAUACAGCUGUUCUGCUCAUGCAGGUGCUGGGACUAGUAGAGAGUUCCAACAGCUCCUCCCAGUACUGGGAUUCCUUCUCUGACCAGCAGGGCUAUGAGUACUGGGUAUUUCUACAGGAACAAUGUAUGCUGCUUUGUUUCACCAUAUGGGUUAUUGUACAGGGUGUUAUUUUUAACCACUUUUUAGAUGCCAUUUUGUCCAUGUUUAACUCCAUUUUGUAUAUGUAUGACCUCAUUGCUUUAAAUACUGUACAUUUUAUUAGGAUUAGUGCUUUGCAGACAUAUAGGCAGCAGUUAGAAAUAUAGUCUCACGUUAAGUUACAAGUUUUCUUUCACCUUUGACAUAGUGUGAAAGACAUAGUGAGUGGGAAGUGUAUACAGCUUUUAGGAUGGCUGAUUAUAAUAAAUAUAUGUUCCUGUUAUCAGUAUCUCAGAUGGAAACUGUCUAGUAAGAUGUUUGGGGUAUUGUGUACAUAAGUAGGGGAAAGGGAACAGUUGUCUAGAAUAACAUAUAUUAUGUUAUCCUGAAUGACUACUGCACCCAGCGUUACAGACCCUGAAUGUAAUAUCUGGUAAGACAAUGUUAGCGUAUCCUUGCAGGGUUAUAAAGCCUAGAGACUUACACAUAGCAAGUAGUUCUGAUGGAAGCUAGGUCUGGCUGCAGCGGACCUAGACUUCUACAAACCCCCUCCAGCUUGUAACUUGCGACAAAGUUAUAAGGCGUUACCCUAGAGAAUGACUGAACUACAUUAUUUAAACUACUUAAUCGAUGACCAUCAUCUGGGACAGAUCUUAUAACAUCUGGGAUAAGAGCUGAGUGUUCUAAUUUGUUCUUGUUAUUAUUGUAACUUUGAUAAAUGAUUAUCCUUUUUACUA